CAUCUAGCGGGUUGUAUCCUAACUUUAUUAUAUUGGUUAGUUGUUUAGGCGAGUAUGUUUACGUAGAUUUUGGACGUAUUGAAGUAAAAUAUAGAUCGAUAACAAAUCAUAUUUACAAGUAGAAGUAUUUAAGGAUUUAACGUCGUGCACAGAACGAGGAGUUUUGAAGGACAUAGAGACACCUGAAUAUCGUACUUAUUUUCUUCAAUAACAUCCGAAAGACUUGAGCGCCAUUGUGUAAAAAUUAAUUACAAAGAUAGUGUGUUUUUAUUAAAACCUGGGGAUAAAUGGAAUGAACAAGACGCGUAUACCUAUUGUGAAAAUUUAUUAAACGGAAGAUAAAGGUUUGAAUUAAUACAAAUAUGCCUGGACACACAAACACGACUGAUCCCCACGAGCACGGAAGGCCAGCGCGUCCAAAGAGCGGAAGUUCGAGAAAAGGAACAACAACAACAAGUGUCUUGAGUAAACCGAAGACGAACACUAACACGAGUGGUACCGGAGCACAGGCUGGAAAAGGAAGCAGACGAUAUUCGCAAACAACAGAUCGACAAAAAUCGAAAACUGCCAUUCGAGAACAAAAAGAGAACAAUUUUGAUCAAAAUGAGAGGAACAGAGUAGAAAAUGGGGAUAUGGAAUCAGAGACGAACGAAAAGGGUGUAAAUGACAAGGUAAUCAAAGAAACACAUGAAGAUGAUGCAGAAAAUGAUGUAGAUCACAACGAUGCUGGCCAAACUGUAGCAAACAAUAAAACGCGCUUUACCAGACCGGAAACGCCCCCGAAACCUGAAACACCUCCACCAGCACCACCUUCUCCGAAACAACCGGAAGUGUUCACGCUGGAGAAAUUUAAUCACACCGUAGAUUCAUUUUCUGGUGUGUUUUCGUCACCAAAAUUUACACACGUGUCGGAUGAUUAUCCUACUGAAGAACUUGUAAGCGUGAUCUCCGAGGUAAAUGAAAAAAUCGAGGAAUACAAGCAACAGACGUUGUCGUCUCAGCACCAUCUGAAUGAGUUAAGACAGCGCAUGCAUGAAGUGAAAGAACGCAUUCGACACAACAUACAGCAAAAAUCAAACGCCAUACGAAUGGAUGAGGAUACACAGAGUAUAGAAGAAAGGGAGUUGAGAGAAAAGCUCGCGCGUCUCAAUGCGCAGGUCGCUCAGGCGAACGCGGAAUUAGCCGAAGCUUUACGACUAUCAGCGGAAACAGAGCACACGGCGGUAGAGGCGCAGCUAGCGGCAGAGAGGGCAAAAGAAGAAGCGAAAAACAUUGAAGAGGAGAUAGCAUUCAGAGCAAAGGUAGAAGAAAGAAGACGUGAACAAGACAAGAAGAAACAGGAAGAAGAAAGAAGAAAAAUGGAAGAACAAAGACGUCGAGAGGAAGAGAUAAUUAGAGAGAAGGAAGAGGAAUGGAAGAGAAGGGAGCAUGGAGUGGACAAAACACCGGAGUGGGACUCUUGGCCGAGUUAUGAGUACAAAGUUGACGACGAUAAAUUUGACGUCGGGUGUAUUAUACGCGGCAAUCCAAACAAGUUUAACCGGAAUGACGUCACUUGCUCCAGUCUGGAUCAGAUCGAUUGUCCACUACCGUUCUCCGAGAACGAGGAGCUGGUUAGUGCCAUAUUAAACAUCGAACACAGAACACCAGAACAGAACAUUGACGAUAAGGUUGUGGUAUGUAUACCAUUUAGUGCGCCAAAACAGUCGCAUGGUCACAAUUCCAGAGAAGCUGUUGUUAAAGUAGAAAAAGAUAACCAGUGGAUAUGUUUAGAGACCAGAGAGGAAGUGCUUGACGCCUACAAGGACACCAAAUUCGCUGUAGCCGAGACGAAAUCACUUGGUCGUAUGGCAGUAUUCAGUCGUUUGAAGCGAGAUUAUGCGACCUUGUCUAAAAAAGGCGGGAAAGUGACGUCAUCAUACGAUCAGCGAAUUAGCCUGACCGUUCCACGAGAUUGUAUUCACGGAAAAGAUCAUAUUUUGAUGGAGGUACAGCCGGUUGAUUCCGCAUCUGUGAAUGAUCUCAAAACCAGAAGUAAGACCUGCAAAGGCCUCCUGAACUCAAGUCCUAUCAUACAUAUGGAGUUUGAGUCCUCUGAGUUCAACAAACCCGUAACGGUGACGGUGCCAUGUCCUCCAAAUCCAACGAAAGCAAAGAAAAUUGCCGCGAUGAGAAAAGCUAAAGAAGAGAAAAUGAACAACCCACCGAAGGUUCAUGUGUUAUUACCUCAUGAGAUAGAAGCUAUGGAAAAGGAGAAACAGAAGUCUAAGCUACAGAAGAUGCAGGAACAAAUCGCAGCAGACGAGAACAAAGUUGAAGAACCGAAACCGACCAAGUGGUAUAUGGGAGACUAUGCGAAUAAUGAAGAUGAUGAAAAUGACAACUUAUUCUUGAUCAGUGCUCAGGGAAACAAGUGGACUCCAGUAGAAAAUGUAAAUAUCAUGCAGGUGAAACUGGACCUACUGCAGUUUGAUCUGGAGAAACCACUUGAAAAGUUCAUGGUUUUGCGUACGAAGACGAAUGUACACGAGGACACAGUUGGUCACAUGGCAACCGAAAUGUCAAAUCUGCUGUCUCAGAAGUUUGUCCAAGUCAUAUUGAAACAAAAGAGCGAUGAUCCAUUUGACACAGUUAUGUCUGUGGUUCCUCAAACAAAGACAGAGAAAACGCUGAAGCAGUUAUCACAGGAAGGAUACGACGAUGGACCCGAACCCAGUCAGGUUCUCAGCAUCAACGAGGGAGAUGUUAUCGAGGUUGGUUUCCGUGGUAACGUAAAGAACAAAGACGAAGAAGGAAUACAGUUUGUGUACAACUCGAAUCUGAAGUCGGAAACAGAGUUCUACGCAUGUGAAGUUGAUAAAUAUCUCCAGAAAAACUUCCCUGUGUACAGAGGCGUUGUCGAGGUGUUCAGAAAAUACAAAGUGAAAAACACAACAAAACGUAAGAGGCGGGAUUCGUCUGACGACCACAAAGAAGAACAACCGUUUGAAUACAAGAGAGAGUUGAUGUGUGAACUUGCUAUUAAUAUUCCUAAGUAUCACAUUGAGCAGAAUACCGCUGUUGUUCGAGCGCCUGUUACCAUACAUAAUACCUCUGAUGUUGUCAAUGAACAACUCUUGAGAUUUGUGGCGGAGGAACUAGGAGAAGAGUGGAAAACGGUUGCCAGUCACUUAAACGUUAGUAAACCUCGUGUACAAGCCAUUAUAAGGAAUAUGCAAUAUGGAGAUCAAAGCGAUGCCGAUGCAAGGUUUGACAUGCUUAUGACCUGGUUGAAGAAAACGCCGAAAGCAGUAGAUAAGGUCUCGUGUUUGAAUAGUGCACUAUUAAAGAGCGGACGAGGGGAUCUCGCAGAGGAAAUUAAAGCACGUGACAGGGAAUUUCGUGAACAUCAGAGGGGGCACUAAAUAUUGCGGCUAAGAAUGUAUUUUCUCAAAGGAAGUGUUAAAGAUUGUUGUAUUAAUGCUAUACAUAUCUACACAUCUUAGAAAACAAGCCGGUUUAUUUUUUUCCGCCCUAACGUCUUAUCUCUAAUUAAAGCACGCGGCAGAACAUUCCGUUGUCAAUCAAAGGGGUCAUUAUCGUGAAACCUAUUUUUAACCUUCCUAAUAUCAGUAACAAGUUACUACCAAGAGCCAGCUGACUAGGGAAUCAUUAAAGUUCUAUUAGUUUCACUGCAGUGAAAAUAUACCGUUGUUAUAAUAAUUCACUUUUUGUAAGAACUUCUGAGGGAGGUUAAUUAAUAACCCUUAUCGAAACUUGAAAGAAGACAGGUUUGUAUUAUAGCUUUACUGUAUAUUAGGCAUUAGGGUCUUGCAAUAUAUUCUUUUAAUAGUUUGCAUAUUAUCUGCAUUGUUUAAUACAUAAUAUAUAAGUGUGCUUUAGCUAAUUUAAACACGAUAAAGCGGUGAAACGUACUGCAAGGGAAUUAUUUGCGGAGUGUUUAAAUUAAUUCAAAGACUUUUCACUAUGUAUAAUAGCGAUUCUUAUAUGUUGUAUAUGUACAACAGUAGGUCAAAUAUGGCAGCAAUAAAUUUUGGUGGCUAGAAGUAGGUGGAAAUUACGUCAAUGUUACUAUGUACACAUGAUUUGUUAUAUUACAUACACAUGGCGGCUUAGUAAAUAUAUCAUUAAAUGUUUUAAAUAAACUGAAUAUUUUGAUGUAUAACAUCAUAUAACAUCCUUUUAUUUUCACUAAAACCAGCCUGUUGACCCUUAUCAUGCUGGGCACGACCGAUUCUGCCUUUGUGACCUUUGCAGAUCAUGAUCAGUCUGCACAUCCGUGCAGUCUAAACAUGACCAGUACCGUUCGCCAUUCAGUCAGUAUCGUUUUGGUAUGCACCAAAUUGAAAGAUGGACAAGUCCAUUAUAGAAAUGUAGCAGGAUAAGGGUUAAUGACUGAUCUCUGCUACUUCGUCAUCAUAUAAGUUAUGCCAUUUGAGAACAUAAUUCACUUAUACUUUUCUAUUAAUCAAAAUCUUAUAUUACAGACAUUUUAUAUAAUUAAGAUAGCUUUAGAUAAUGCUUUAUUGAGGUUACUUUUUAUACAAGUCUGAGUUGCUAUUGACAUCUAGCUGUGCUACAUUUAUCACAAAUGCAUGUAAUUUACGUGUACAAUGAAUCUAUACCGAUUUGUGAUAUAUUUUAUAAACAUUCAGGAAUAUACUUGUAUGUAUAUAUUUUAAUGUUUUCAUUUUUAUUCAAGUCUGAACUGUGAUAUAUUUAUAAAUGGUUGUAAGAAACUGUAACAGCUUUGGUAUAUUUACAUAGAGCUUGUAUGACACCAAACAUAUCUGUGAUACAUAUGAUCCGUGCCAUGGGAAAACCAACAUAAUGGGUAUGCGACCAGCAUGGAUCCAGACCAGCCUGCGCAUCCGCGCAGUCUGGUCAGGCUCCAUGCUGUUCGCUUUUAAAGCCUAUUUGGAACUGGAGAAACUAUUAGCGAACAGCAUGGAUCCUGACCAGACUGCGCGGAUGUGCAGGCUGGUCUGGAUCCAUGCUGGUCGCAUACCCACUAUGUUGGUUUUCCCAUGGCACGGCUCAUAUUUUGCCGUGCCUUUUACUACGAUUGUUUCUUGUCAGCUGUUAUAAUGUUCUGUAAGUGGAUCGACACUGUCUCCAUUUACCGAUGACCAACUCGUUCAUUCCUCACUUCUGUGGUAAGCCUGCUCGGCUCGACGCAUGUUCCGGGGGUUCUAUCCAUUCAGAGUCAGAAAUGUCCGGGCCAGUAAUCAGCUGUUAAAAGCUGAAAAGUAGCCAUUAAAUGCGUCUGUGGAACCAAGCAACCUAGAAGCAAACUGGGUGUGAUUGAGUACAGAAGUAAGAAUAAGGUUGCCUUUAUAAAUUUUAAGGCUAUUGAAAUUUUUUCAUCUGCACAACCGAUCGUAGAAAAAUUCAUGUACGCCGAAAACGGAUGCGACAAAAACUUUGUUCCUUAUACCACGUUAUUUAUUCAUUCAUUUAAUUACUAGUUACUUGCAAAUGCAUGUCGAAACAUGAUAUAAAUUAAAGUAUUCAUAUAAAUCUGCUGCUAGGGUUAUUAUAACAGUAGCUCGAUCUGGGAUAAUGUAUUCGGCUCGAGUGGAUUUUUGGCAGAUCCGAUCUCACGAGCCGCAAGCGACGAGUUAGAUCCGACGUUGCAAAAUCCACGAGAGCCAAUACAAAAUCUCAGACCUAGCUACUGUUAAAAUGACCCUUUUAUGAUAUACCUCUACUUUCUUAAUUGUUGUUUUGUUUUUUUGAACGAAAUCUUCAAUGUUUAUCAAUAUUAAAAUGGAACUAAGUGAAGUUUUUAUGUGCUCCAUUCAUAGAACUGUGUCAGGUCAUGCGUAUUAAUGAAAGUUGUCCGGCAGCAUACAAUACGGAAGGUACAACACGGACUUUAAAAAGAACAAUACGGACUUUAAAAAGAACAAUACGGAUUUUUUCUGCCUGUUCAUAUUUAAUCGUGAAAUACACGCCGAUGUUUACAGAAUUUAUAUAUGUAUGUAAUAAAAAAAUUUAUUAUUAAAUUUUGUCGUAUAUUAAGCUGUAUUCUAUAUGUAAUAUAUUUAGAUGCGUCAGAAACUCAUGUCCAUUUAUAAAACACAUAUUAGAAAUUUUUAUAGGUAAGUUUCAUUACAAGUAUAAUUUAUACGCUUAAAACGUUUCUUCUAUAAACACAUUUAUCGUUAUGUCAGAUACGUUAAUUGUAUGUGCUGGCUUAAACGUUUUCAUUUCAUGUGGUUCACAAAACAUUAUGUGCCCCACACACAGCCAUUAUGCCUAAUUAUCGAUACUGAGACUUUUAAUUGUUAUUUUACGAACCACUUUGAGCGUUUGGGUAACAUUAUAGCUGAAUUGUUGUUUGUGUUUUGUAAAUAAUAAAUAUGUUAUUAAUUGUGUCUAGAUAUAUACAUGAAUAUGUAACCAUUAAUAAAAUGUGAUUUAAGAAACAA